CAAUUGCCUUCAUGUCAACUGUACAGUGUGUUUAAGUAGUCCCCGAACUAACAAUAUAACGGUUAUCUGUUAAAAGCGGGAGUUCUGAGUUUCCUGUGUUGGCCUUUGCUCCAGUGUGUUGACUCCACAGUUUUAUUUGAUGCGUAAACGAGUGCAUAUUGAUGUAGUUCCAAAGACUCCGGAAGGAGGACAUAUAGACUUUCGACAAAUUUCUGCAGACGAAAUUGAAUUUGACUCGGAAAUAACAAUAAAGUCAUCACUGUUGCGCGAAUGUAAGCCAGGCAAUAUUUGGUUUGAGGAAGGUGAUUCAGAUGACGACGAUAACAAGCCAAAAUUCGUUGCUCGUAAAUCUAUGGAUCUUCGUAAAAUACGUUCAGAAAAGGAUAGGUUCCAAGCCAUCUGCUCUAGUCCUAUGGUGGACUCUCGACCUCGAAGACUAAGUUACUCAAAGUCUUUUAGUGAGGGUGUGUUGAAUCCCAGCAACUCCAAAACUCCAUUACGUUUGCCUAAAUACGAUGAUCUUGUUUCAUCAGCAUCUCGUCGCCUCUCCCGCAUAAUUAUCAACCGUCGAUUCUCUUUGUUGGAAACGAACCACAACGACCCAUCUGCUGGGAGUUCGCAGUUAAAAACCACAACACCUAUUACCAAGUACGAAAGGCAAAGAGUUAAGAAAAAAAGUUCGUCAACUUCAGAAGAAAAAGAGAAUAUCAAACCAUCAAAUAACGAUAUCAUAACAGCUACUUCUGUAUCAAAAGAAAUUUUUGAUGAUGUUCCAAACUCUUCCGUCCAUGAUCCAUGCUCUGUCUCUGAAUUUCGUGUGCUUGCAGAUAUGGAAACAGCGCGACUACUUGCGUUAUGCGGAGAUUGGAAUUGUGUUCUAUCCGAGGAAUGUGAUAAUAUCCCGGAAAAAGCACUCGACUCUAUCAGGGCAACCGUUGGGAAAUGUCAAUUAUUGUUACAGAAAAAGUUGCCAUUUUUCAAAACCCUAAUUGAAAUGGCAGAAACAAGCCUUGGGAAAUCUGACACACUGUCGAAUAGUGCAACAGCACCAGAAGCCACUAUAAAUGAUCUCUUGGGUUAUUGGACCUUAGUAGCUGAUGAAAUCAGUUUAUCCGAUAGUGCUUUCGAACGUCUACGUGUUUGGCGUGAUGAAUUACAUUGGUCAAUUGAUCAGUGUCCUGUUACCCCAGCCAGAUCACAAAUUGUUAAACGACGCGGCCGUCCAUCUAAACAAAUAAAACGUUUACCAACUCCAAAGAGUAGUAAAUCCAGAAAGUCUCAGUCUGUUAGCGAUGAAGUUCUGAAUACAGACAAUGUAAAUCCCUCUCUUUCAAAAAAGCUGGGUUCAACUGUUAAAGCAAACAAGGAUGUACAGAAAAAACCGGUGAAGUCCAGAUUUGCUGAAUUUCUGCGAGCUAAAAAGGCACUAACAGCGGAAGUCUUCUAGUUCACGAAUUCAAUCCUUCUUGAACCAUGUUUGAUUUUCCUUACCAUCAAAUUGAUAUUACCAUUAUUACGAGUAACUGGAUAAAUUCAGAACACUUGCAUUUACCCUACUACCGUGGAAUCAAUCUGAAAUAGUUUAUUUUGGCCAAUUAAUAAAAUCUUCAUUUCCAUGUCAAAGAAUCUCUUUAUCCACUGAUAAGUUGGUUUUCGUAUUGUGUCAUUCCAUGAUUUACUACUGUAUCAAAAGAAUCCAUAGUUUUGAUAUGUCUUUCAUCUGCACUGAUUUUAGUUUUACAAUUUCGAUGUUUCCCAAUCAGAAUUUACAAACGAUUGACUACAGAACAGUAGUGACUUGUCUGGAAUCUUGAGGAGACCGCUGUUUCUCCCUGGGGAGGUGUUGGCUAUUCAAACCCAACCAACUUCAUAGUCGGAGAUGUUAUCACUCAGUUGCUCGUGCAGCUGCUACGCCUUGUUGACUAGUGUCCAACUAGUACAAAACGUAAUUGAGACAGGAUUUCCCUGUCGAUUACCUCUAACCGCUUAACCAGUCAGAAUUAUUACAAUUCACUGUGAUACAUUAUCACCGCCACUAACUGUUCAGUUUUAGUAAUAAAUGUUGGUGCGUGUUUCAUCAUUAAGGUAAAUCAUCUUAGUUUAUACUUAUCCCUGAUUAAAUCUUGACUACUUGUUUUCGAAGUUUGGACUUUUUGAACUUUCAUAUAUAAAGAGGGUUUUUUAUGCAUAGGUUAUCUGUACUUUUAAACGUUUGAAUUUUAUAUUCUUGUUGACAAAUUUUGAUGGAUACCCAUUAUCGAUGAGUUUUUGUAAAGAGGUUCAAUUCGUCACCUGUGGCAUCGGUAACUGCAAAUUCUUUGUAUUCGUAUAGCAAAAAAUAUGAUUAAAUUUUCUCUUUCUCAAAUUUGCGGUUAACUUCAUUAACUGAGAUAAAAAAUGAUCAUGUAUAGGUAUCAUUAAAUACAUAAGUUUUUAUUCUAUCCUCUUUUCCUUUAUUCUCAUUUCUCUACAGCGACAUCUACUGAUCAUGGUCAACAUCAAUCUUAUCAGCAAAGUGAAAAUAUUGUUGAUGCACUCUCACCUCUUGGUUUACAUCCAGUUGAUAGGAAUUUCACUAUCCAAAAAUAAUAGAGAAUUAAAAAAGAAGAUCAACGUAUAUAUUUUUUAUUUUGACUGAAUUGUACAAACAAUUACUACUUAUUUUACACUUGUUAGUCAUGAUUGUUAACUGACUGACUGACAUUUUUGUAAACCAAAAAUCUAUCUCUGUUUCUUUUUCACACUUUCUCUUUCCAUCAGUUUAUUGUUCUCUUACUAAAUGUUUAUUCUUUGCUUUUUGCCUUGUUGUCGUUUAUGUUAUUUUUGGUUAUUAUUGUUACCAUUAUUGUCAUUAUUCUUAUUAUCAUUACUGUUUAUUGUUCAUCCAUACUGUUUUAUUGAUAUUAUGGUUUGAGUAAAUCAGAUAUGUUAAUAUCAUUAAUAUAAAAGUAAGUAUACAAUGAAAUAUACAUUACUAUUAUAUCAUUAUUUUCUGAUCAUUUACUAGGCUUUAAAUUUGUAUAGUAGUAGUAGUGAUUGUAAUAUAAACAACGUAUUCGAAUGCC